GCACCAAGGCAAGAGAAGAAGUCAACUUCAGUCAAAAGCAGAGGCCAACGCAGGACGAACUGCCAGACAGUCUGACACAAAGCGCAAGGAAGGGCCAGGCUAGUGCGUGAAAAAAAAGACGGAAGGCCAGCCAGACUCCGGAGUCCGGAAUUUCGGGGGGGUGCUAAAGCAGAUUGGACCGUUUUCGAUGGUCGGGCCAUAGAAUUGUUUGAUUUAUGUGUGUAAUUUGGUGAGGCAACAUAGGGCGUCGCGAGUGCAAGCUGUUUUUAUGAGUGUUUGUGACUGGAGAUAGUGUAUUUUGAGGGGAAAAUUCCUUCCGGGAAAAAUCAGGAAAAGUUAGUGUCUGCGUAGUGUCGAAGGGUAGUGCGAAGUAGUACUAUUUUUACCUUUCGCCGGAAACUUUUCUCGCGCCAUUAGCACUUCAUCAGGAGAAUUCGGGAACGCAUUCUAAAUUUAGCAAAUGCAAAUGCCAGGUUCGAUUGGAGUUCGAACCCUGUGUGAAAGUGUCUGAAAAAGAAGGGAAUAGGACUACGUAGUAACCUGCCAGGAGGACACGAACGGUAGUAGUACUACAUGCAGCAAGUAACUCUGCUCCGAAGGUCAGCCACUGAAAAUGGAAUCCGAUGUUCCUUAACGGCGCAGUGGCAGAGUUCCUAGAACAAACAAAACAAAGCCCCAGAGGUCGAGGGCUGGAAUCGAUGGUAACGAAAGUAGUGGCCAGGGCGCAGCAGCGGCAGACCCCAGACCAGACACACAGGAAGUAUCCAUUAUGCUGCUUGCAUGAGCUCAAUGAAGAGAUUGUGCUAGAGUGAGUGAGACAAAGUCAAAUAAAAAAAGAGCUAGAAGGAAUCAAUUUUAGUGUGUGUGAUUUAUGUGUGCUGCUAUGCUAGUCUAGAGACCCAUCAUCAGCAGUAUCAAAAGGAAGAAAAUCGUGGCCUGCAUGUUGAUUGGAUAAUGAAACAAAUCAUAUGAGCUGAAAACGGUGUGGAUCAAACCAAAAAAACAAAAAAAAAAACCAAUCGAAACAUAUCUCCCAUCUAUACAAGGAAUAGUGGUCGCUUCUAGGACCAGCCAAUCACUUAAAAUUUUACCCGUAUCGGAGAAGAUAAACAGAAGACGAAACGGCCGGGACAGCGUACGCAGCAAAAACUUUGUGACAUAAUUUGUGUUGUGUGUUGGUGUUGUUGCUCUCGUUGUUGUUGUUUCCAUCGUAUCGUACUCUCUCUACAAGAAAAAAGGUUCCGCAGACGAAGUCAACAAACAACAAAAACGUCAGCCCGGCAAUGAAAAAAGUAAUGAUACCGUCGUUGGAUAUGAAAAAGAGUGUUUCGGUCAAAGUAGAUAGUGAUCUGACAUUGCUACUAUCGAGUGGAGUGUACGAAAUCAAAAAGAUGGAGCCCCGCCGGCGGCUCCGCCCCAUCGUCAUCAUCUGUCUGUUCCUGACCAUCGCCGGUAUCAUCGGGUUCGGGUACUUUUGUCCGGAUCAGGUGUGCGCCCUGUCGCGGCGGGAAGUGAUUACCAACCAGGAGCUGAUCACCGGCUUCGAACAUGACAACCUCGGCAAACCGGUCCAGCAGAACCUGCUGGCCAAUCCGGGCCUCAGCUACGAGGAGGUGCUCAACGAUGACUUCCAGUUCGACAUGAACGCCCACGACGUGAUGGUGUUUCUGCACAUCCAGAAGACGGGCGGAACGUCCUUCGGGAAGCACCUGGUGCGUGACCUGGACCUGAAGCGUCCGUGCACCUGUCAGCGAAAGAAGAAACGGUGCUACUGCUUCCGGCCCCACCGCAACGAGAACUGGCUGUUCUCGCGCUACUCGACGGGCUGGAAGUGCGGCCUGCACGCGGACUGGACCGAGCUGACCGGGUGCGUCGACCAGGAGCUGGACAAGAACGAGGGCGAAACGGCCAAGCGGCGGUACUUCUACAUCACGCUGCUGCGGGAACCGAUCGCCCGGUAUCUGUCCGAGUUCCGGCACGUCCAGCGGGGCGCCACGUGGAAGAACUCGCGCCACUGGUGCCUCGGCCGGACCGCCACACCGGAAGAGCUGCCGCCGUGCUACGAUGGUGAAAACUGGAACGGCGUCCACCUGGACCAGUUCGCCGGCUGCGAGAGCAACCUGGCCGCGAACCGGCAAACGCGCAUGCUGGCCGACCUGGCCCUGGUCGGGUGCUACAACAAAACGUACAUCCCGUCCGCCGAGCGGGACCGGAUCAUGCUGGCCAGCGCCAAGCGCAACCUAGCGGCCAUGUCCUACUUCGGCCUGACCGAGCACCAGAAGAUCUCGCAGUACAUUUUCGAGGAAACGUUCAAUUUGCGGUUCGCGAUACCGUUCGAGCAGCACAACAACACCGUCUCGACGAGCACCAUGAACAACCUGACGCCGGACCAGCGGGCCCGGAUUGAUAAGCUGAACGCGCUCGACGUCGAGCUGUAUGCAUUCGCGAAAAAGUUAAUGUUCCAAAGAUUUGAAAGACUAAAAGCCAAAGAUAAUGAUUUUAACGUAAGAUUUGCACACUUGGGCAACCUAGGAGUUAAGAACGGUGUGACCGAGUUCAACUGGGACAGCAACAUCGACGAGGCGCCCAGCAGCAACAGCGGCGAGCACCACUGAUACAGUGGCACCGGCGGCGACCCGUUCUGGGACAGCCGAAGGCCGAAGGCCGUCGUCGUCGUCGUCCCGCACAAACCACCUCCGUACCGUAAAACGUCGUUGCCAUCGGCCGACGACCUCGACCGUCGCUCCCGCCGCCGCCACCACCGACUCCGACUUGUUCCUACGGACGUUCCCGCCGGUUCAACUUCUUCGACUUCAUCCAACGGCAGCUCGGCCACCGUCGUCGACCACCGUAACAACCUGCUGCUGGCGGCUUCUUCCUUCAUUACUAGUCCGAACCAUCGUCAUCCCCAAGGGAAGCAGCAGCAGCAGCAACAGCAACGGCGACGACCUCCGCAGGAUCUUCAGCUCUCAACCAAGCAACAGAUUACAAUGCAAACGCUGCGCGACAGUCGGCAGUCUCCGGUGGCGGUGAAACCGGAAGUCGGCGGCGAACGCUACAACCGGAAGAAGAGCGAUGCUGAAUAGUCGUCGUCGUCGUCGGCCCUGUAGAGUCUCCUUCUUGUCUCGUCGUGUUAAGGCCAUCACAUGGCCCAAGUGUUGUUUGCAUACUGAUUUUAGCAUUUUUUAUGAUUUUACUUUUUGGUUAAGUACUGGCGCAGAAUGUGAAUAUUUUACCUUUAAAAUAACAGUCUCACACUCACACCAACCAACAAACCAACCACAUACCCACA